AUGAUCAACUUCUUCGGUGGAAAAGCGCCACCAACCACCUCCACCACCAAAUCAACAUCCAACGGCACACGCACAGGCCCAACCGCAUCCACCACCACCACCACCACCUCCUUACAACCACCGCUCAAAAAGCCCAAACCAUCCUCCUCCACAGUCGUCACCACUAUCAAAAAGAGAGUUGCUCCACCACCCACCAAACCCUCCGAACCACGAGACCCCAUCGCUGCGCUCUCCGGUUACAACUCCAAAAAUGCCCUACCCGAAGAAAAGCGUCGACGGAUCAUCGAAGAGCGACUAGCCACACAACGGCAAAACUCGAUUGAAACUAGUCUUGAGGCGCAGUUGAGAGCUCCGGUCAAGUCCAACUCGAACAAAUCGGCAGGGAGCAGUUCGAAGCCGAAAAAGGCGAGGAAGAAGGUGGUGGAUUCAGAUAUUGAUGAUGAUGAGCAAGAUGGUUGGUUGAGGAAGGGUGCAAGUGCAACGGCUACUCCGAGAGGGUCGAAGAGGGCAAGUGUUGAUCCGCAUCCAACGACGGAUAGUUAUCAGAAGGUUGGCAGGGAGGGGGUCUUCCCGAAUUAUACGGUCCCGCGGGACAUUCUCGCUACCACUGAUCGAGAGAGUAGGAAUGGCGACAAGGAGAAGCAAAGGCCGAUCUCAUCAGCUGACGUAGUCACGAGCAACUUCAAGUCUUACGGACCCUACUUUCAUGGGUUGCGGGAUGCUCCGAGAGCCACGCUGGUCUAUCCGGGGGAGGGAGCGUCGGAGGAGUUUCUGUUAUUGGUGCCAAAGGAUGCGGAUGAGUACGAUCCAUUGAUGGAGCUGCUGGCGACAGUGAGGGCUAUUGUGACGCACUAUCUCACUCCAGAGCAGCGCAAGGCGUUUGGAGCAUUGGACAGUUUGGAGGUGUCAAAUAACGCUGGCAUGAUCCUUCCCUCUGCUAGUAAUGGUGCUACUGCAUCGACUAGUAGUGCGAGUCAUACUGCUGUGGCGCUAGCCGAGUCCGGUGUUGGGCUGAAUGGAAGUCAGAACGCCAGAGCAAAGUCUGCUGACUUGCUCGACAGCGAAGGAUGCAAAGCCUCACGUCGGGACGAACUGGUCGGUAACCACGUCAAUCGAGACAGUGGAGCAAGAACCCCAGAACCUCACAUCAAUCGCAUCUCUCACACCGCACCUGUAUCUCCUUGCUCUCACUCUGCUCACAAUGGUACGGUAGCAAAUGGCACCCACAAUCCAUCCACCAAGUCCGUCCUCACCCAAAACGCCCUCCUCCGCCUCGACUCCCCAGCACCAGCCGAACUCUCCCUCGCCUCUUCCUCCUCCGACCACUCCGCACCCGACCCCGACUCAAUCCUCCGCAGCUUCACAAAAGCACGCAAUCGUCGAGACGGUCCACUCUUCCUCCGCACCAUCGCCCGUUUCAACUCUGCUCUCCUUGCUCUACGCGAAUCCGGCGCACUCUCUUACAAUAUCUCUUCCCUUGGCAUAUCAACCGGAGUACCCGAAGGAAUCUGGCGUUUGAUCCAAGACCAAGUCUACGCGCGCGUCGUAGGACCCCGAGUAGAAGAGUUAGGUCGAUACCAAGCAUUCUCCGACAACGUUUACGGCGAGCUUCUCCCCCGCUUCAUGUCCGAGAUUGCACAACUUACUUGCCUUGGUCCCAACAAAGUCUUUGUCGACCUCGGAUCCGGCGUGGGCAACCUUCUUAUUCAAACCUCUCUCCAAACCGGUGCUGAGGCGUAUGGAUGUGAGAUGAUGCCCAUCCCUGCCUCCCUCGCCUCUCAACAGAUCAUCGAGGCACAACACCGCUGGGCUGCGUGGAGAUUGCGUGGUGGGGAAAGAACCCAAGCGUGGUUGGGCGACUUUGGAGAGCACAAUGGAGUGCGAGAAGUGUUGAAACGUGCGGAUGUAGUGUUGGUGAACAACUACGCAUUUCUGCCAAAGACGAACGAGAAUCUUUCGUUGCUGUUUUUGGAUUUGCCGGAUGGAGCACAGGUGGUGUCUUUGAAGCCCUUUGUGCCGGCGGAUUUUAGAUUGACGCAAAGGACACUAAGUAGUCCAUUGGCCAUUUUGAGGGUUACCGAAAGGCUGUACACGUCAGGAUGUGUCAGUUGGGCCGACGGUGGGGGGAAGUAUUAUAUCCAAACUGUGGAUCGGAGCUUGGUGAGGGAGUUUUUGGAGCAGGCGAACAGUGCGCGAGGAGGAGGUGGUAGAGCGGCGAGAAGGGGAAAGAAGGGGGGGAGAGAGCCAAGUGAAGAUUUGAUGCUGGGACAGGAUGUUAGGAGGAAGCGUUGGAAAGCUGCGAUUGAAAGUGAUGAAGAGGAUGAAGAUCAAGUUGUCUAG